AUGCAGGCUUCCGGUGCGUUGAGAGUCGCUGCUCAGAGCAGCCGUGCUCGAGCGACAAGAAGCACGUUCAACAAUGCCGCCAUCGCGUCACGGUCGUCUUGGUCCUCUAUUGGGCUAGCAACUACACUACGUUCGACACCCACCCCACAGACCUCUUCCGCCACGGCAUUGAGACGGCAGCAGUACCUCUUCAGCGCAGUCCGGUCAUUGCAUCAAUCGCAUACCUUCUUGCAAGCGCAGCAGCAAUCGACACCGAAAACACCGCCGUCGGCACCAAAACCACAGAGCACACAUACUUCUUCCAUCCCUGAAAACACACAGCAGCAGUUGGCAACAAAGGACGCAGCAUCGACGGAAGUCGCCGACGCGAAAUCCAACAAGACAUUGACAGAGAGGGCCAAGGAGCUGUGGGCGACAGCCAAGUACCUGUUCAAGUUCUACUUCAACGGAGUCAAGCAGAUCUGGGCGAACCGUACACUUGUCAAAGCGGUUCAAGCAAGAGUCGCUGGUGGAGGCGCAGCGCUUACUCGCGAAGAGUCGCAAUUGAUACGCACGCACGAAUCAGACAUGCGCAAGCUGCCGCUCUUUCUCUUCAUCUUACUCAUCCUCGAAGAGGCGCUGCCGCUCGUCGUGAUCUGGGCACCGUCGCUGCUGCCUUCGACGUGCAUCUUACCCAACCAGCUCAUCAAGAUUCGUAUGGGUGAGGAGGUGAAGCGCGCCGAGGCGUAUCAGCAGCUCAAGCAGUCCGAGAACGUCAAGCAGCUACUGCCUGUUAUUGAGGUGUCGAGUCGCGGCGCAAAGCUGGCGCAGGCACACAGCGGGGAGGCGGCCGACCUGAUCAAGACACUCUCGUCCGAGGAGCUCUCCAAGCUCGCCAAAGUAUUCUCGUUGUCCACCUGGGGCGGAUCUGCGAUGAUCCGUCGACGCCUCGAUGCGCACAUUGCCUACGUACGUCAGGACGACCAACUCAUGUGCGCCGACGGCGGCUUCAGCUCGAUCCCUCAACACGUCGAUGCGCUUUCCAAGGCCUGCGGCGAGCGUGGACUGCGCUGUUCGGGCAUCGAGCAUCAAGAGAUGUUCGAAUCGCUGCGCAAAUGGUUGCGCCUCACCACGCGCAACCCGGACACACGCAGCCUGUCGGACCACUCGGUAGCGCUGCUUCCUCUGCAGUUGUACAACCCGUCGUCGCUGCAAGAUGUCAAGACCGAGCUCGAGGCGGAAAGCGCACGUGGGUUGAUCGACAAGACGAAGGAUGUUCUGCGCGAAGUGGUCGAAGAGGAGAAGAAGGUGCUCGACCGUGAUGAAAGGGCCAAGUCGGAGUCGCAGCGCAAGCAACAGCAACAGCAAUAG